AUGAAAUUUCUAGAUACAGCUUCUCUCGAUCCCAUAAAUACCGCGCUGGUAUUUGAGAACCCAGAGUGCAGGGUUGUGGGUCGAAUAGAGACCUACUCCUGUAAACUUGCAGGCGUUGACAAAAAACUUUAUAAACAUCUUGAGAGUCAAUGGAAUUCUGAUUUUUCCCAAGGUUCAGAAAGUGUCUCACCCGAACCUAUUCAUACUCUUCACAAUAUAAUUUCCCCGUUUGGCCCAAUGAAUCAACCUUCUUCUCGCAGGAUGUUGUUCAAUUUAAUCGCAACCUUAAACGCGUCUUAUCCUGAUUAUGACUUUUCUGACAUCAAACCUGACCAAUUCACCAAACAACCAUCAGUUCCCAUGGUUUGCAAUUAUAUAAAUAAUACCUUAUUUAAUUUAGGUCGCGCUUAUAUAGUUAAUGAUUUGAAUUUAUGGCAAGUGAUAGACGACAUCAUUGAAUUAGACGAAUGUAGUGUUUACUCAUUUAAUCCUGAUAUUGAUUCAGACCCAAAUGCGGAAGAUGGCGCCAUUAUUAAUGCACCUUUGCAAGAAGAGGAACCGUUGGAUUCAUACUCGGACUCGGGGAGCGACGUAAUUGGGAUGUCAUAUGAGGAAUAUGUGAUGGGAGAUAUUGAAAUGUAA